AUGACAAACAAUAUUCCUAAAGAAUAUGUCUGGUUUAAGCAUUAUGAAGUAUAUCUGAAACUAUUUUUCAUUUUUAUAACACUUCGAUUGUACCAAUAUGUUUUAAUAUGGCUAAGUCCUAGCGUACAGUUUGAUACAUCUACUAUAUUGUUUUUAAGAAAAGUGACUUUUGCAAAAGAUCCAUCAUUAUACAAGAUGGGUAAUAAAUGCCUAUGGAAUAAAUUAUUAUCGUGGGAUUCCAUUUUUUUUAUCAAAGGCAUAGUUAGUGGAUUGAUAAAAUAUCCUGAAUUUGACUUUGAAUUGAUGUUUUCCAGAUUAUGGGUGCAAUUAAUAAGAUUUCUGUUGAAUGUAAUAAACACACCUAUUACAACAAAAAACUUUUAUUUUAUUCUAAAGUUUACUGUUUUUGUGGAAAAUAUUUUGCAUUUCUUAAGUGUUAUUAUUAUUUAUCAUCUCACUAUCUUAAUCUAUAGUGAAAAAACAAUUGUUACUACCUACACUACAGUAUAUGCUAAAAAAGUAGCAAUAUUAUCGGCAAUAUUAUUUAUCUUUACGAGUGGUUCAGGAUUUUUUAUUUCAAUUUAUUCAGAACCGCUCUCAUUCUUUCUUAUAUUUCUUGGUUUGUGGUUUAGAGAAAAGUCUAUAGUUAGAAAUGAAAAUGUGUCCAAUCAAAACAUCAUGAAAUUCAAAAUUGGAUUAUACUCAUCAAUAUAUUAUUUAGGGACUAUCCCUCUGUUUACCUUGGCUGCAUUGAAUAGGCCGAUUUGUGUCUUAUUAGGACUCAUUUAUAUUUAUGAUCUCCUUUCCAUAUUGCAAUAUUUUGUCAUGAAAAAACGAUUUAGUGAGGAUUUAUCCACAAUAAUUAGACAAAUAGUAGCUCUCCCUUUAUUAUCUGGAACUAUAAUGUUAUUAACAGUGGUAUAUAAUUGGUACUAUAUUCCAUUUAAUAGAUUUUGCCCCUCUGGAGGUGAAUGGUGUAAUGAACAGAUACUAAAAAGUAUACCAUUUAUUACAAAACAGUCAUUUUAUUCUUUUAUCCAAGCAAAAUACUGGAAUAUAGGUUUCUUAAACUACUGGACAUUGAAUAACAUUCCAAACUUCAUAAUAGCAAUACCUCAGUUCAUUAUACUUCUUAAGUCGAUACAUCACUUCAUUAUUAAUCUGCAUAAUUCGCCAAAUAGAUGCAACACUAUUAUACCAUUGGUAGCUAUUACUAUUAUAUUUCUUUUUAUAGUUUUAUUUCUUGCGCAUGUUCAGAUUAUCAAUAGGGUUUCAAGUUUUAUUCCAUUACAUCUAUGGUAUAUAUCCGAAACACUAAUAUCAGCAAAAACCAAUAAUCAAAUAUCUCAUUAUAAAAAAUCACCCAACUUAAAUGCAAAUGGUGUCAACUUUAACAAUACAAAAAUGAUUUGGGUAAAACUGUAUCUUGGAUGUUUAUUUUUUUGGGUGUCCAUUCAAACAGUUCUUUUUGGAUUAUUCUUACCACCAGCUUAA